AUGUCGUCUGUCAAUACCGGUACAACAGGCGUAACGACUCGCUAUUGGGAUUGUUGCAAAGCAAGUUGUGCCUGGCCAGGCAAAGCCCAAGUUACGAAUCCCGUGAAAACAUGUUCUUCAGAUGGUGUUACUGCCGUCGAUUCUAAUGCACAAUCGGGUUGCGACGGUGGUAACGCUUAUAUGUGUAAUAAUCAACAGCCAUGGAGUGUCAAUACCACGCUAGCCUACGGUUAUGCUGCUGCUAAUAUAGCUGGCCAGUCGGAGGCUACAUGGUGUUGUGCUUGCUAUGCACUGCAUUUCACAUCAGGUUCCGUGAUUGGUAAGCAACUCGUCGUUCAAGUAACAAAUACUGGCGGUGAUCUUGGAAACAAUCAUUUUGAUCUUCAAAUGCCAGGUGGAGGAGUAGGUAUUUUCAACGGAUGUAUAAGGCAGUUUCCCGGCAAUUAUAGUUGGGGUGCACAAUAUGGCGGUGUUAAUCAGCGGUCAGAUUGUGCCAAACUACCAGCUGUAAUUCAAGUGGGUUGCUAUUGGCGUUUCGAUUGGUUCAUGAAUGCCGAUAACCCAACAAUGACUUUUCGUGCAGUACCGUGUCCAACUGCUCUCACUGCAAACACUCAAUGCAUUCGAAAUUGA